AUGUUUUACCACAACCCUCGGAAAUACGCCCCCCCGCGCUCAUCGGUCACAGAUGACUGUCCGCUAGCCUUGCAGGCGGUUCAUAUCAACAAACCUCACGACAUUCUGAACGAAGCAACGAAGGCGACGUGGCCGCAGUCGGACGCCAAGAUGCGGAUCUCCAAGGCCAACAAGGGCGCGCCAGUUGUAAGAGCUGUCCGGAGACACGCGUCUCCUCAGUCACGCAGUCUGGAGAGCCUGGAGGCGGUUUGGAGCGAAAAAAGCCCGCCGGAUGCUGGACCUGAGAGGAGAGACGGGGCAGAAGCUGCUGGGAACGGGAUGGAAGGACACGGAGGGGGGGCACCCCGUGGCAGGAGGAAGGGGUUCAGACCUCCAGAUGUGAGGACCAUCUUCUCCCCUAAUGAGAAGGACCCCAGGGUGAAGGAGGAGUCCGGAGUUGGACACACCUUCGAACCCCGAGGGGAGAGCACCUGGUGUGAUUUGUGCUGCAAAUACAUCUUCGAGAAUGGGCUCACCUGUGCAGGUUGUAAGUACGCGUGUCACGCUGCAUGUCGGGACAAAGUGGCGCUGGACUGCCAUCCUGCAGCGUCACCCGUCAGCCAGGACCAGCUGAACAACAACACAUCGCUCCACAAUGUGGAGAAGAAGAGAGAGUUGCAGACAGAGUUCAGCUGUGAGGAGAUCAGACAGAAGAUCGAGAAAUACAACUCGCUGACCAAAGACCACCUUAAAAUGACGCUGGGUGCUAAUGGUGUGUACACGGGAUUCAUCAAGGUCCAGAUGGAUUUGAGGAGGCCUAUGACGGUGCAGGGAAGUCUGAGGAGAGCGGGGGAGGCCUUCUAUCUGCCCCCAGGAGUCACCAACACCCUCCACGUCAGCUCCAAUACCACAGUCAAACAGGUGAUCGUCGGCCUGCUGAACAAAUUCACAGUCGCAGACAACCCAGCCAAAUACGCCCUGUACAAGAGAUACUGCCGGGAGGAGCAGGUUUAUAUCUGCAAGCUGGCGGAUGGCGAGAAGCCGCUGUUUCUUCGCCUGGUGUCAGGACCCGACUCAGAAGCACUCAGCUUCGUCCUGAAAGAGCAGCAGACCGGAGAAGUCAUGUGGGAUGCCUUCUCCAUCCCCGAGCUGAAAAACUUCCUGCGGAUCCUCGAGAAGGAGGAAGAUGAGCAGAAGGAGGCGGUGAUUCGCCGCUAUGAAACCUACCGGCAGAGACUGCAGGAGGCACUGAGGGAGGCCAGGGGACCUUCUUAAGAGAAUAUAACCUCCCCGAAAAAGGACUGCUUCCCCCUAGAGGGAUGAAGGAGAUGGAUGUUUGUUGGUAUUUUUAAAUCUCCUGGUGUACAUUUUGUUGGAGGGAGGGAUGCAAACGCAUAAUGAGGAGAGAGGAUCCAGCACCUGGAAGAAGGGACGAUUAAGGAUAACGAGAGGACAGAAAAAAAAAAAUGAGAGACUGCAAAUAAAAAGACAAAAUUUCGAUUGCUGGAUUCAAGAUUUCAAACUGUUUCCCGCUCGGCUCCGUCUGCCUGCAAACACCAAAGAUUUACUCACUGUGCCAUAUUUGUUCAUCCUCUCCGCUGUUCGCUGUCCAUCCCUCGCUUCUUCUUCCUCUUCAUCCUCUUCAUCUUCUGUUCUGUCCUGCUGUCACAUAAUUUAUGCAGUUCAUCCUCUUUGUUUCCUCCACCUUUUUAUCCUUCAAGCUUGUGAAAGACUCAAGGCCAUAUGUUGAAUUAUUUUAAUUUAAUUUGUUUUUAAAGGUCUGUACAUAUUUUUUUUCCUUAAUUUAUGUGGGUGAAGCUUUUUAUGGUUUUUUGGUUUUUUUUUUUUCUUUUUUAAACAAAGUCUUAUUUUAGUUUAUUGUAGAGAGGCGGAGCAACAAUCUGCUUGUUGACACAGAUGCAGAGAAUAGUUUAUUCAAUUUCUACAUGACACAGAAAAUACAAGCAUUCAAUUUUUAAAAGAUGGAUCAGCUGGAGAUUAUAAGCAGGCCCAGAGGCUGCAGUUGCAUAUGCAUGAUGAUAGUUUGGGAUAAAUUAGAGUAGCUGAGAAGUCUGAAGUGUGGAAAUAUGUCUGGCGUGAUAAAAGAAGCUUGCAUGGAUGUGUCUAUGGAGUCUGAAGUGUGCCAAAAAUGACAGCUUUUAUUUUUUGGCACAUGUAAGCCUCCAUAAAAGCCGUCCUGAACCUAAACGCUGUACACAAAGGGACAGAGAAAUGAAAGGUGAUGAGAAGCAGACGCACGAACUCUAGAGAGGUUUUUGAUAGGUUCAAGUUAAGACUCUGUUCUUUUAUUCUAACAGGAAGUAGUUUAGUUUUGGUUGAAGUCUGCAGAAAGUGCUGAUUGUCAUACAGAGUGAAGAUGAACUGCUGGAAUUUGAAGACUGUUUGUUUGUGUUUUUCCGCCACCAGCAGAGUUUGGUGAAGCAUGAACUGAACAGAUUGAAGUGAACUGACUGAACUUUGACCCUAUGUGGUCAGAGGAAAAAACAUGGAGAUUUGACAGGUUUCUGGAAGUCGACUGAGCGGUUCAGAGGAAGUAGAAGAGAAACAUUAGAUGCAGAAAGGAAGAAAACUAGGGGAAGAUAAAUGGCCUGAGGAGCUAAUACAUGGGAAAGACUCAUACAAGCAGCGUGAUCGUGGCUGUGAGGACAGCAGUGGGGUUUUCCUCCAACCACGAGUCACUUUGAUUAACUGCUUGUUCACUUUUUGCAUUAUGAGAGCUCCUGUAAUCCAAUAGCUGGGAGAAAAUGAGGUCUGUAAGUGCUGAUAGCUGCAGAGACCUGGGGUCUUGUCGGUCUUUUAGCCCGUCUGUCGGCAGGCAUUCAUUUAAAACGCAAGUUUUUGAUAUGCUGUCUUGAACUAAAACGUGCAGUCCUGACCUCAUAAACCUGGGCUUGUCCCAUCAUUUAUUUUCUCCUAAGGGUAAGAGAGUGGAAAACAAAUCAAGACAUGCAGGAUUGCAGUGAACAUGAUGGUUGAAAACCAGGAACAAUUAAACAGAUGCAUCAGAAAGUGCAAAAGAAGGCUCAGAUGUUAAAAUGUCUUCUCAAAAAAGGUCAUAAAGGCCUUAAAUAUAUAUGCAAUAUCUUCUUUGGUGUGUGGAGUUUGUCAUUUUUAAGUCAGAGAGGCUUCUUGUUUGCUUGGCCUGUUUUUUUGUGUCUGCAUUCAUUCUGAUAUUUGAGGAGAAAACAGUCAACAAAACAAACAACAUAGACAAUCAUCUGGACAAACAACUCAAAACAUUCAGGUUCAUCACAUUUUGUCUAAAGUAAGCUGCAGGUACUGAAUGAUGUCAAAACUGAUGGUGCUGCAGGAUGUUUCUGUAGGACAAUGUCGCCCUCCAGUGGUCAAACACACUAACUGUUCGCUCACUUCUGUGUCAGUCUUGAUUAUGUUAUAGAUAUAUUUUGGUUUUGUUUUAUCUUGUUUUUGUUUUGUUAUAACCAAAGAUAUUUGUUGCAAUGUUGCCUGGAGCAAAACAUAUAUUAGAGGCCUAUUCCCACCAGAGGGAAAAACAUACAGUAUAUAUAUAUAUAGUUUAAAGGUUUAUUUAAAGGGGUUUUAACCCCUGUUUAUUCUACUAUUAAACACUGGGUUUAUUCUGUGGAAGCAAAAAAGGGACUUUAGAAUUUGAAUGUACCUGUUUUACAUCAUCUCUGGGCUAUUUUGAGCAGGGAUCCAGCUGUAUAAUCCUUAGAAUGCUGGGUUUAAAAAAAGAGAAGCUCCAGUGGAAUAAGUUGGAUUAUGGGAAACGUAGACAUGAUUUAGGAGCGUUUUUUUAAUGUCUUAUAGAAAUCCCCUAACUUAGUUUUUUCCAAGAGAAAACACAUUACUUAAUGAUUACAUCUAAACACAAGAAGAUUUAAAGUUAGGUCUUUUUAUGUGUUUGAGUUCCAGGAAAAUGAAAAUGUUUGAAUAUACAAGUUUAAUUACUGAGUUUUGUUUUUUGUUUUUUUUCUUCAAGAUUUACAAAUUCAGGAAACUCAGCUAUCUUAAAAACUGUUGCUUUACUUGAGUUGUUAUAGUACAUUUUUGAGUUUGAUUUUUUUAUCUAAAAAUUAAUUAAAAAAAAACGUGUUCCAACUUUGUUUGUUUUGGCCAAGAAUGAGCAAAACCUGCAGUUAGCUGCGGUAUAUUUAAAAAUUUGGAAAUUGAAACCACAUAAAUUUAACACUCACUUGCCUAUUAUUAUUGAAAUUAAAGAAAAAACAAAAUUCAAAUUAUUUUGGCCUUCUUUUGCUUCCAUACUUUAUAGUUGAAAGCGAUGCGAAAGUCUGCAUGGAAACAGUAAACGAAUCUUGAAGCCAUGUUGUUGUUUUUUUGUGUAUCUUAUAAACAACUUUAGCUGUUAAAACAUCAUCCCAGACUAGGCGUAUCAAAUUAAAUUUUUUUGGGGGCACUUUAACUUUGAAUUCAGGGAAGACGGGUUUAAUUUUUUUAAUUUAAUUUAAUUUUUUCUCCUGUUUAAUCUGCACCGCCAUCACACUCUCUACACUAUAAUCUUAUUACUGUUUUAGCUAAUGAAAGUAUAGCAUGGCAGACAUUGGUUAUUGUGAGGUCAUCUUUAUAGAUUUUGGUCUCAGUGAACUUCCAUAGUUUUGUUCAAAGUUGGCUGUGAAAUGUUUUUCUUAUUGUACACAAUCCUGUGCUGUUCAACAUUUAAAGCAUGCAUUAUUUUAGAUAAAACUGCAGUCGGACGACAUCUGGAAAAUAGUUUUCAAAUGCUGUUUGUCUGCUGCUGUUAUAAAUUAGGAUUGCUGAUGAAGUAUCUGCCAUGAAAAAGCUUUUUGGGCCAGUAGUGUUCAUGUAUGUAUUCAGAGAUGUUGUUUUAAAGGCUGUUCAAACAUAACUAGAUUCUGAUAGAGCGCAAACCUUCUUAGUCUUAAUUCAAAUAUUCAUAUAUUUUUCUGUCAUUUUACACUUUUUAAACCUGUUUUUCUUUUUACAGUAUUUUUUUAAUGUGACUGAAAUUCGCCUAUUCCUCUGAUUUUUAGGUUAAUAAGGACAAAUUCAUCAAGAAAAACAUCACAAUCAAUUUUUCAAGCCUCUCAAAUGUGAAAAUUUCUUUGUUCGCUUGCUUUUCUUUUCUUUUCUUUCCUUUUUUUUUUUUGCUUUAACCAUUUUACAGACUUUCAGCCAUCUUACUGUUUUUCUUUGAAACUGGCUGGAAAAAAAAAAUUUGUAUUUCUUCAAUUUUACUUCUUUAAUUUUUGUUUGUUGUUUCAUGGAGUCGCUUUUUUUUUUUUUUGCCCCCAAACUGGAUCUAAACUAGACUGCAAUUAAAAUCUAAAUCAAAAAGCCUUUUGAGGAUUAUAUAUUGUGAAAUGACCGCUCAGAAAACAUACAUAUACUGUACAUGUAAGAAUGUUUAUUACAUAAAGGUUUUAAAUCUUUUCUGGGUUAAAUCUUGACUUUGAAAGCAGCAAUUCAGAGAAGAAAAAAAACUCUGCCAAGGAGCUUCUUCAGAGCUUUUUUUUUUUGUUUUUUUUGUUCAUUUACUGUUAAAAAUGUUCAGAAAUGUCUUUUUUGAUCAUUUAGUGGGGCUAAAAGCUCUAGAAACGCUACUUAAAUGGACCCCGGAGUAGUGUCUGUUUUCUGAGCAGCUCCUAAAUUAGUCCACGAGCUCAAGUUUCUGUGCAGUUUUAAAGCUUUUGUGUUCGGUUUUGUGCGCUCAGCUCUCUGGUUUGAAUGCCCCACAAACUGUUGCGUUAAAUGCCAAAGAUCUGUGUUGUUGGAGCUCUUCCUGAUAUUUCCCAGUGAUGGUGUUUUCUGUUGUUGCUCACCGGGACUGACUGUAGAGAAGCUUUACGAGUUGUUGGGUUUAUGAUGAGCUUGAAAACACAAAGCUAAUGCUGUCAUUCUACACUUGAGUUUAAAAACAAAAAAAAAAAAGGAAAAGGUUUUCUGGGUGUAAAUUUCAGAUCUGAGCUGCAAAGACAGAAUGAGUUAACACCGAGAAUGUCUUUGAGCUCGGCCUGAAACGUCCCGAUCUCUGUGCCUUUCUAUAGUUUGACGGCUGCAGCCAAACCUGAAGGAGAGGCCGACGCUCUCGUCGGGUUCUCCCUCCGUAGGCUGAGGCAGGUUCAUUUUUCUAGGUGGUUUCAGUCGUUACCAAAUGUGGCCUUUCCUCACGGCAGGGCGGGCUUCAUCUA